AUGGAGCGGGUUCGGGACGGACAACUGGGUGAAAAGAAGAAGAAGGAGUUCAUCGACAAGCUGAAGCAGAACGCGACUCGAUCUGUGAACAAGGAGAAGUUCGACAGGCAGCUUCUGGAGCGGCGACUGCUCCAUGCAGUGCACAGCGAGCUCAGCAUGCGACACCAGCAUGAGCGUGGUCCAUCAAAUUCGCACAACGCCUCAUCCAGCACAACUCGGCCGACCGACCCAGUGGUCGCUUCCUCUUUCGAGGCACGCCGGCUUUGGCGCCUACAAGCCGAACUGGCGAUCGAGCUUCGGGAUGUCUUGGGCCUCACGCAUGAGGACACCAAGCAGGCCGUGCACAUGCUGAAGACAGGAAGCCCCGACCUCCUCAAGGCCGCGCGGGCGGUGAUCCGCGGCGAGGUAGUUCCUUUGAUGGACACGCUGUCUGCUCAGGGCAAGCGCAGCAGGGGCAGCCAGGACGAUGGAGUAGACUUGGCACUGGCCAAGCGGCCGAGGACGAGCGCAGUCCUACUUUCCACAGCCUCCAUCCUUCAGGCCGCCACUAUCAAUGCAGAGACAGGCAGCUCUAUGCUGGUUCCGGCUGGUCGACCGGAUGCGGUGCUCCGGGCUCUGCAACCAUUGCUCGACCUCAGGCAGCGGUACACGCUGCGAGCUUGCGGGCGCGCCGUGCGCGAGCUUGUGGACCUCGAGGCAAGACGGACAUGCCGUGACUUCGUCUACACUGAUGGCCUCUUCCAUUGGGCUGGCGGCCGCAACCUGAGCGAGAAUGGGAAUGCUUUUCAGCACCACCUCGAGCGUCUGAGCUGGGAGUUCGAGCAGCUUCGGCAGGAGUUUGGGGAGAACAGGAUCCUGCUAGAGGAGAAUGCCGAGCUGAAGAACUGUCAGAAGGAAACGGGCGGGCCGUGUGAUGUCGAGGCAUCGGUGCAUGGUAGCUAG